UGGCACGCUGAACUUCCUCCCACGGUCCCACCUCACCCAACUUCCACCACAACUUCCACCCCCCACAACCAACCGCAAAAUGGCCGACCAAGACCUCAUCAACUACGCACGCGAUGCCGCCGGCAGGGGGGACGACCUGUUCGCGCUGCUGGCGACGGACGCGACGGCGUCCGAGUCGGACAUCCGGCGGGCCUUCCGCAAGAAGGCCCUGACCGCCCACCCGGACAAGGCCGGCGACGCCUACGACCCGGCCCUGUACGAGCGCAUCGAGCGCGCCCGCGACGUGCUGCUCAGCCCGGAGGCCCGCGAGGCCUACGACAGCGGCAUGCGCGCCAUCCUCCAGAAGAAGCUGCAGCGCGAGCAAAUGUCCGACAAGCGCCGCCGCCUCGUCGAGGACCUCGAGCGCCGCGAGGCCGAGGCCAAGCGCGCCAAGACGGCGCCGCAACCCCAGCCGCACGACGCCGAGCGCCGGGCGAUGGCGGAGAGGGGCAAGGCGAAGAUGGAGGAGAUGAGGCGGCUGCGGGAGGAGGCCGAAGUGCGGGAGCGGCUGGCGAAAGAGAAGGAGGCUGCUGCUGCUGCUACGGCUGCGGCGGCUGCUGGCAAGCCAGAUAUGGGCGAGACAGCACCAGGCGGCCAUCCCACACCCCCACCGGUGGUGGACGACUACGACGAGCGGAUCGCGGAUCUCGAAAUGCGUCUGAAGGAAUCGCAACAGCGCAAGGCUGAGAAGCGGCAGCGCAAGGAGGAGCGGAAGGCAGAGAAGAAGGGAAAGACCGGGGAGAAAUCCGGGUCGCCGCCAGCGCCCGCGUCUCCAGGGGAGAAGAUCCCAAACAAUCCUCCACCUUCCACCGCGGCAGAACCACAGGCUGACGAAGACAAGCUCUCCAAGCCCGUUGAAGCCGUACCUCCCGCGCCCCCGCCUGGUGCUGGCGGUCCUCCCAAAGCAAGCGACCGUUUUGCAUCAACCUUGGCGAGAUUGCGCGCUGCCCAGGCGAAAAAGGACGAAGAGAAGAGGCGGAAGGCCGAGGAGUCAUAAGCAGUAGCGGGUGAGAGUGCGCCGUAGAGCCGACCGAGGUCCGAUAAAGUAACGUACGAUAGAAUCAUGAUACCCCAUAUUCAUAUAGACUAGGUGUGUCGUUGCGGCACCACCAAUACCAGCCGUUUCACGAAAAAG